AUGACAAGAAUCUAUCAAACUACUUCAAUCCAUUUCUCUAGAAAUUCAAAUCAUCUGGUCGGUGGAACUACAUCUUCAUGCUCUUCCUCAUCGUCUUCUGCUAGUAUCAACCAAGGGGCUCAAGCACCGGUUACUACAUUCUGCUGGAGCGAUUAUCUUCUCUCGGACUCUGUUUCACCCAUGAGUUCUCAGACACAAGUAGUGGGAUCCUCAGCUACUAGCAACCUCACUUUUGCGCAAACGGAAAACUUCAACAGCCAAGCUGAGUCCAGCUCUAAGAACAUUGCUACCAAGGCAUCUGGAACGUGCCAUUCAGCGAUUUACUUUGUGGAUGAAAUAUUGGAUAAGGACCAGGAGAUGAUGUCACAGUUUCCUCAACUCUUGAAUAGCUUAGAUUAUUAG